AUGAAAAGUUAUUCAAGUGUAUUAUCAUUCAGAAUUACCUCCUCAUCUCAGUCUUUCACUAGUUCUACAUCAUUAUCGUUCUGGUCUUCCACAUUGCGCACUUCAUUCACCUAUACAUUUUACAUUUGGUUGUAUAUAUUCAAUAUUCAACUCCUAUUCAAGCAUAAUGUUGAAGCUGUCCAAGGCUGUAGUAUAUUCUAUCAAUCAGAUUACAAGUGGAAAAAAGCAUUAUGUGAUUCCGAAGUGAAUAAAUUAACACAAUUACCGUCAAAUUUACCAGAACAUCUGAUUGAAUUACGUGUUUUACACCAAUCGAUUGGAAAAAUUAAACGUGCCGCGGUGAAUCAUUUAAUUCACCUUGAAACAUUUCAUAUUGAAUCUAGUCAAGUUAAACAAAUCGAGUCGGAUACAUUUCGUCAGUUAAUUUCAUUGAAAUAUAUUAAUCUGAGAAAUAAUUCAUUAACUAUCAGUAGAAUGAGUUUUCCAGUGGAAUUACUCAAUGAUUUGCCGAAUUUACGUUCGCUGAAUUUAGCUGAAAAUCCUAUUGAUUUUAUACCGGAUGCAUUUUUUGAUAGUUUACGUGGGAAUAAACUGCAGUACUUGUGGUUAGGAUCUGUUAAAUCAACAGGUAUAAAAUUUGAAUCGAAUACACUGAAACCAUUAAUGUACUUGCGUUUGUUAGAUUUAAGUUUCACAGGAUUAAACAGUCUGCAUGCAUCGAAUGAACUGGUUUUGAAUAAUAUGCCUGAAUUGAAAGAAUUCUAUCUUGGCGGGAAUCCUUGGACUUGUGACUGUAAACUAAGUUGGUUAAAAUUAUGGUUUCUACAAGAAUCCUCUAAGGGAUUACGUUAUCAAUUGAAUAAAACGGAUCUUAACGGGAAUAUUGAAGUCAGUGAACCGGUAUGCUUUAAACCGGAUAGUUUGAAAGGCAAAUAUUUAUUGUCUGACGGUAGCGAUAAUAGAAAUAAUAAUAAUAAAUACAAUGCUGUACAAUUCUCAGAUUUACGCUGUCCCCCACAAAUUUUUACAUCCAAUGAAAAUUUCACACUAGAUUUUGGUAAAACAAUGCUGCUACGCUGUGAAUAUCAUUCAACAGCUAUUGAUAACCUCCAGUGGUAUAAAGAUGAUCAACUUGUACAGAAUACCUCUGAGAAAAUGAUUAUUCAAGGUCAAAUGGGAUCAAAUUUCUAUUCAAAUCUAAUCAUUUCCUCUACUACAGGUGAACAUACAGGCCUAUGGAGUUGUGUAUUGAACCCGGAACAGCAGACAAUGUUUUCAGUGGCAGUUUUAAAUUCUGACGGGAGAAUACUUUACCCGAGUGAUGAAAAAUCAUUUAUGCAUGGAGCCUUUUUGUUAUUCGGUAUUAAUGGAGAAACAAAGAAUUGGAUUUAUGUUAGUAUUGCUGUGAUAAUCCUAUUCGUAAUGCUAGCAAUAAUUGGAGUAGGCAUAUUUUGUUGUUGUGAACCACAGACGAGGACAUCAGAUUUAUCCGCGGAAUCACAAACACUGCAAGAAACACAUGACACGAAGAAGAAGAAAAAGUGUUCCGGCACGUCAUAUUCUCUUUGCAAAAGUCGGAUUCAAUGUUUCAGGAAGCGGAAUAACACUAGUAGAAAAUCUGAAGACAAUAAAGAUGAUUCAUUGAGUAGUCUAAUGGUAGCCGGUAGUCAAGAUGAUGAACGGAAGAUAAUCGAUAAGAGUGAAGUACAAUUAGCCAAUAAUGUGAAGAAAGGUGAUUCAACCUGUUCAAAGACACUUAUCUCCACAGCUAUUGUAGAUUCUAAUAAUAAUGAUGUUAGUAAUGAUCUACAAAAGAGAAAUGUUGAAGAUAACAACCGCCUAUUGAAUAUUUUCUGCUGUCCUACAAAUACAACACGUGAAGUUCAAGUGGUCGCUCUGCCGACCAUAGAAUCAUCUUGUCCAACAUCAUUGACUAGUGUAACACACUUAGGUGGAUCUUUAAUACACGAAACAGUAGCUACUGGUGGAAACCGUCUACUGGUAUCCUGUGAUAGUCCUGAACCGAAACUGCUGAUUGCCAAUGGAAUUACACCAUGUUCAAAUAUAUCACCUGUAAACUUUUCUGCUUGUUUACAACCACAACACGUCAGUGUUUUACAGCAUCAAGCAAAUCCAACAGUCUGGGAUACUAGUCGGAAUCAUUUACUGCAUGAAUUAUUGACCACGUAUACUUCGUCUAAUCAGAUGGCUACGGAGACAUCGAAACCGUGUCCUGUACAUGGAGUUAUGAAGCUGAAACAAGUUGAACUGAUUAGUAGUAAUACGACCAACACCACGCCUAUCACUAAUACUACUACUAAUACCAGUAAUACUUCUUCGAGUAAUUGUGAUACUAGCAGACAGUCUUCAAAUUACCAGAAAAUUGAUUCUGUCUAUUGGGAUCACUCCAACCUGGCCUCAUUUCUAAACAAUCCUCAUUUAGCCUACAAUAUAUCAAAUUGUGUAUUGUUAAAUACAAGUGUGGAUAACAAAGCCAGUAAUAAUGUUAAUAACAGUACUAAUUCAAAUCUGGGUGAAACUGCAGAGGUGAUACAGAAUUACUCUAAAACAUUACCAAAGAAUGGCACUCUAUUACAGAAUAUCAAUAUGCAUGAUCCCAAUCUACAAUGGCCUUCAGAUUCCAUACCACAUGAAUCAUGUCCACUGCAUGGACUUCAGACAUUGACACGAAGGAAGAGUAAGACUGGUUACCCAGUUGAUGUGACAACAAUUGCCAGUAAUACCUUAAAAACACACCAUUUCGGUAAACCUCUUAUUAAUAGUCAGUCGAACCAUCAACUGCAUCAUCCUCAUGGUAAAGAGGAUGGUGGAUACAGUCGAAAAGUGACAGUCUACUCUUCAACCAAUGAUAAUACAAGUGAACAAGAUGAGGAUGAAACUGACCAACAGUCGAAUAGUGAUCAUGACAGAGGUCACAGUUUCUUACUUCCUCCCGGUAAUAAACACGACAGAGGUGGAUGUUCAUCCUCUGAAACUGGAUCUCAAGGUGAAAGUUCAGCGUGUGAAAAAUGUCCGCACAGUGAUUGUGCCUCUGAUUCGUCUACCUCAUCAUCAUCGACAGCAUCUUCAGUGAAUCAAAAAUUCAAAUUUGCCUAUCCAUCAAAUCAAGCAAGACUGAAUUCAAUUUGUUCUUCAUUAUCUAAUCAACUGAAUUUAUCAACAGCAGUGGUCAGCGGUGACGGUGUAGACGAUGAAACUCCAGAACAACAAUCACCUCCUUCCCCGGAAUUCUAUCCACCUACAAGACGAUUAAGUCGCCCAAGCAGUUCAAAUGGUCGUCCUAUAAAUUACCAUGGAAAUCGUAAUAGUAAUGUUAUAAACAAAUUAAAUGAAAACUCAAACUGUCCUGUACAUUCCUCCUUAAGGCUUAAUCGUAAAUCAAUAUCAGGUAAAAUAUUUUAUGACGGUCGUCAAAAUUCUGAUCAUCAUCAUCAUCAACAUAAAAAUAAUCUGAACACUCUUCGAGUAACUACACUGCCGUCAAGAUUUCGAAAAGUCAACAGUGGUAAUACAUCUGCCAUUGAUGGCAGUAAUACCAGUGACAGUGUAGCUUUUAUGCGGAAAUUUGCUAGUCAACACACGGUCAAAUCAAAUUACUCCUCAUCUUUAUGCUUAUCUGCUCAAAGUUUGGAUAAAUACAAUCGAAAACCAAAGCCUAUUCUUCGACCCGGUUCUAAGCAUAAACUUGACACUGAAAGUGAUUCAGACAAUAAUAAUAAUAACAGUUCUGAAGAGAACAAUAACUUUGUAUAA